CGUGGGUUCGAUUGUGAGGCGCCAUUAAGAUUUACGAGCAUCAUUUCGGCGGAAUCUCCGAAAACCAAAUAAGAGAUUCCAACCACCGAAUACGGUGAACGCUUGGCCCAACUUCCCUUCCUAGCCAUGGCGGUGGCGGCGGCGACGGUAACGGUAACAUGGACUGUUGCACGGUUUAGAGCCUCAGUCGGCGGCACUCUCAAAGUCUCGGCGAGGUCGGCGUUCCUCUUCAAGUUCCCAUCCCUCGCUACAAAGGGAAUUUCUCCUGCCGCCGUCCCUUUCCGGUCACGCCGUAACCGAUUAACCUGCACCGCACUCUACAAGAACGAUUUCAGUGUCAAAGAGGAAGGCACGCCGGAAACCCUCGAUUACCGCGCCUUCUUUAUAGAUUCGACUGGCAAGAAGGUUUCACCGUGGCACGACAUUCCGCUGCAUGCGGGGGACGGGGUGUUCAAUUUUGUAGUGGAGAUCCCCAAGGACUCGAGCGCAAAGAUGGAGGUCGCCACUGAUGAGCCUUUCACCCCAAUCAAGCAGGACAUAAAGAAGGGAAAACUUAGAUACUAUCCGUACAAUAUAAAUUGGAAUUAUGGGUUACUUCCUCAAACAUGGGAGGACCCAUCACAUGCUAACCUAGAGGUAGAGGGGGCUUUAGGCGAUAAUGAUCCAGUUGAUGUUGUUGAGAUUGGUGAUGCUCGGGCUAAAAUUGGCGAUGUUCUUAAGGUCAAACCGGUGGCAGCCUUGGCUAUGAUUGAUGAAGGCGAACUUGAUUGGAAGAUAGUUGCAAUUUCCUUGAAUGAUCCUAGAGCCUCUCUUGUGAACGAUAUAAAUGAUCUGGAGAUAUAUUUUCCGGGUACAGUUAGCGCCAUAAGAGAUUGGUUUAGGGAUUACAAGAUUCCGGAUGGAAAACCUGCUAAUCAAUUUGGCUUAGGAAACAAGCCGGCAAACAAGGUUAAAAUCGUGAAACCCUACCCGAGGACGAUGGAAGAAAAUGGAGACUGAUUCAGAGCGAAAGUUUUGUUUCGAAGCUAUUGGCUGGUUCGGGCUGGGCAUGCACCAAUAUAUAGAACUUAUUCAGUUUUUUUAGUGUGUCCGCCGCUUACAUGUGGUGUCGCCCAAUCCCACUGAUGUUUUUUGUAUAAGAAAGAAAACGUUA